GUCAAAAAAAUGCCGAAAAAAUCAAUGAAACCCCAAGCUGUUGACAAAGAUUCGUGGCAAGAUGACGAUAAAAUUGUCAGAAGAAAACAACAAAGACGAGAAGAAAAAUUGUCAAAACAACAAGAAAUUGCGACGAGGAAAGCCGAAAAUAAGUUGUUGUUGGAGCAGGAAGAUGGUUUAUUGAAGUCUGGGAGAGUUGCAAAACUCACACGGGCCCAAAUCGGGUCGAAUUCGCGGCCAAGUGUCAAAUUGACUUUACCGGAAAACUGCAACCGGAUUGUCGACGGUGCAAGUGCCCGGAGUGUCGACGAGGCAAUUAAAAUUCUCGAUGACGCACCCGGAGUCGACAAACACCCGGAAAAACGGAGAAAAGCCGCGUUUUUGGCCUUUGAAAGUCGGAGACUCAAGCAACUGAAAACUGAAAAACCGCAGCUGAAGUUGUCGCAAUUGAAGGAAAUUGUGUUCAAGGAGUGGCAAAAAGCGCCUGAAAAUCCCAUGAAUUUCUCUCUUGAGUAACUUAACUUUCUUGUAAUUUGGUCAAUAAAAAU